GAUAACGCUCACCAGAAGCAGACGUACACCAGAUACCUGAGAAAAUUAGGUCAUUGUUACGAUUAAAACCUGUGUCACUUUCUGUUUUACCGGACACCGUAUCUAAACACUGUAUCGUGUCUGAUUCCGUCAAGUGAGCGCUGUCGAAUCUACCGUCGAUGUAUACGGAUUAACAAACAACCAGCUAACUAAAAGCUAACGUCAAGACAAACAUCUCAGACGGGGGCUGGUUAGUUUUGCUCCACCUGACGCCUGAUCAGUGUGUCAGCCCUCAGAAAGACGUCCAUACUCUCAUGGUGGCCUCAGUUCAAUGGGGAACUGUCUGUUUUCUCAAGGUGCGGAUGAUCUGUCGCUGCUGAACGAGUCAGAGGGGGGCAGUCUGCCCGGAGAGCCUCCGCCGCCCUACGAGGAGCGCACCCAUCCAGUGCCUGUGUACCAUCCCACCCCAGGUGAGAGUCGUCUGGCGAGUCAGCUGACGGAGGAGGAGCAGGUCUGCAUCGCCCAGCGCAUCGGCCUCAUCCAUCACCUGCCCAGAGGCAUCUUCGACCCGGGCUCUGACCCUUCUGACAAGAAAUUUAAAGAGUGUGUGAUCUGCAUGAUGGAUUUUGAGUACGGUGAUCCCAUCCGGUUCUUGCCCUGCCUUCACAUCUACCACGUUGACUGCAUUGACCCCUGGCUGAUGCGCUCCUUCACCUGCCCCUCCUGCAUGGAGCCAGUUGACGCAGCGUUGCUAUCCAGUUACGAAACUAACUGAGCAGCCCCUAGUGGCUGCUCCUGCCUAAAAGUAACUGCACCUUUUUAGCCAAAACUGUCUUAGCUGUUCAAACAGGUAGCCACAAUAAGAUGGCAUUAUGCAGAUCUCUGGAGCGUGUUUAAGAACGCAGAAAGAUGUUGAAAGCUGUACCCAACAGUACAUUUGUUUGGUCUGAUAUGUACAGAUUUGGGCUUUUGAAACUCUUUGCCUUUUACAGUACGACAGUGUGCCAAAUUAAGUGAGAUGAAGAAUAUGGAAAGCUGUACAAGUAGCAAAAUAUUACUCCAAAGUAAUUUCAUGUUUAUAUGACUGACUUUUUUUUUAUUAUUUGGGAUUUCUAAGGUAAUUAGAUGCAUUUCACCAAUGUCAUUUACCUCCCCUGUCAAGAUGUAAUGUGCAAUAGGUAAUAUGAAUGGAGAGGAUGCAUAAAAAUAUGGUCUUAGUACAGUGAGCAUCAUUUUUUGUCACAAAGGCCAGUGAAAGUUAUAGUGUUAUUCAAAUCAACCUGUGGCCUUCAUUGCCUUCCCUCACGUCUACUGAAAUGCAAUCAUCGAUCAGUCUGAAAAACAACCUAAGUCUGUCCUGAGCAAAGACUUGAGGUCCCAUGACCAUUUAUGGUGUCAUUUCAGCUUUUGAUUUGAAGAUUGGUUAUACUUUAUUUGUCUCGCGUUUUGUUGUCUGUACUAAAGUUUUUCCUUCUAAGCUGCUUUUACAGAGGUGGAUCUGUUGUUUUGCCUUUCCACAAUAUCGAGCCUCUCCUUUUCUGUGCCUCUGUUUUGUUUCAAAUCAGUUAUUUGUGUGUGUGUGUGUGUACUUGUAUGGCUAUCAUUGAGAACCAAUUUAAGUUUUAUACCUGGGAAGUGAAGACAUUUUAGGAAAGUGAGCACAUUUUGGCUGACCCUCACUUUUUGACACACCUUCAAAGGGCUGUUUGAGGCUUCAGACCUGGUUUUAGGGUUAAGUUAGAAUUGGUUUGAAUUAUUUUCAGUUUAGGAUUAAGGUUAUGCAUUUAGUUGUGAUGGUUAGUGUUAGGGGCUAGGGAGUGCUACAGUAUAUGUCAAUUAAUUUCCUCACUAAGAUAGCUAUACAGACAUGUGUGUGUGUUUUAUUGUUUACUGUCAGUGACAUUUACAAAGAGAAGAUAAGCUGUGCAAUCCCCCUCAAAGCACCUUGGUAUCCCAAGCGCUCUGUAGCUUAUGUAGACGAUUGUCUGUUUUCUUAUGUAUACACGUGUGUAUCGAGGGGAUUGUGGCUGGAGAUUCGCUUGUUAAGGUACAAUGUGAGUUGUAAACCACGUCAUUAGUCCCCUGUAAUCAGUUUGUAGUUUGAAGCUGUUGAAUUUUGUUUUGUGUUGAUGGCCUUCUUGCAGCAAGCGAUGGAUUUCCAGAGACCCUGGGUCUGAUAAAACAAAAUGCUUUCAGCUUUUACUAUCAGACGUGUUUUAUCCGAUACUGACUGUGUAACUCAUAGCACAAACAAGUAAAAUGGUGAACGUAGCUACAGCAGCAGCACAUUUGAAUGUAUCUUGAAUGUAAAACAUUAUUUCAGCUUUUAAAGAUCCGGACGGUAUAAGUAAGAAAUGAGAGGACAUUUCUGAUUUACUCAGGCUGCUGUGCCUUUUUAGGUUGAGGUCAGCCAAUUCCUGUGAAGUACAAUCAUUUCUCACAUUUUUUGUUUGUUUCUUUGUUUCUUUUACUUGUCCUAUAGCAGGAGACAGAUACCAGCACUGUACUGAUAAGUGUCACUAUGAAACAGGCCUGGGAUGAAGCCAGAUGUUUAUUUUGGUUUUUCUUUUCUUUUUUUCUGGCAACUGUUAACAAUAAUUUUGUGCUUUAAUUUAUAAUGUGUGCAGCCCAUGCACAGAUUUUAUGAAAACCAUGAAACCACAAUAAAAGUGGAUAAGAAAUUUUA